AGGUUUCUGCAAUUUCCCGUUAGAUGGCGAUGUAAAUUGGCCAGUAAAAAUGGCGGUUUGUGAUAUUCUAGUUAGGAAAACAUUCAUGAAUUUGGAAAUAUUUUUACAAAAAGCUGCAACACUUGACAUUUUUGAAACCUUGAUAUUUAAUUAUAAGGUGAAAAUAGGAUUGUUGGAUCCAUUAACAGCCCAUUUCCUGGCCAUUGUAACAGAGCUGGCAAGUCAACUACAGCUUCUCUCUCAGGAAACAAGUGAACAGAAGGAUUUUGUAGACACACUCCAGAUUUCAGUCUGUAAUUCAGACUUAAACAUAAGAGGGUCAGAUUCUCGGAUGAGUGAACCAGUAGUGCUGUCAAUCAAAACAGAAGAUUCAACUGGAAAGAAGGACUCAUUAGAAUUUUCUUUAUUCAAUGAUGACAAUAAUCAUUCUGAAAUUCGACUUCCCAUUAAGAACUCUAAGUUAUCUGUUAGUACAGUAUCAAGUAAGGAAGCUGGAAGUACAAGAUUAAAACAGAGAUCAGAGAAGUUAUCACAAAAGAAAAGUGAAAAUCAAGGAAAACCAGUAAGAAAGACUGAAACAGGAUCUGAAAUUUAUGAAGUCAGUAAAUGUUUUAAGUGUGAGAUGUGCAACAGCAGUUUUGUUACUGAAACAAAAUUAGUAAUACAUGUUGCAAAGUGUCAGAAAGAUGUAUCAUCAACAACCAAAGCAAAAUCUAGAGGCAGCAAAAUAUACAGCUGUAAUCACUGUGAAAUGGUGUUCACUGCACGAAGAUUCUUAACUGCACAUACAAGCAGGACUCAUAAAGUGGGAAAUGACAUCGCCACUGAAGAAAUCAGCAAUGGGUUAUGCACUGUCUCUGAAGACUCUACAGGGCUGAAUGAUGAAAUUCAGUUAUUGCCUGAGAAUUUGCCUUUCUUAUGCUGUAAGACAUGUUUAGUGGUAUACAAAACUCACAAGGAGUUUGAGGUUCAUAUUUGUAAGAAUGGAGGAAACUGCCUAAAUGAAGGGACCAUACUGGAUAAAUAUGUACAGUUAUCUGGAAAUAAGCUGAUAACAAACCUGGAGAGAUUGAAGGCACUGAAGAAGUACAAGUGUGGAUUGUGUCACGAAGAAUAUCGAAGCAUGAGACGCAUGUCUUAUCAUCUUCCACGUUGUACUCAAGGCCCCUACAAGUGUGAAAUCUGUACUGAGGAAUAUAUGUUCAAGAAAGACCUUAAUUUGCAUAAAAAGAAAUUGCAUAAGGGUGCUAAUAGUUUCUUCUGUGAUGAAUGUGGCCUAACGUUCAAGUUCCGAACGUCCCUCCAGAAGCACAAAGUGAACCGUCAUGAAACAGAACAAGGUCCAUUUUCAUGUGAAGAAUGUGAUAAGAGAUUUGCAAAACGCAUACAGCUCACUAACCACAAAAUAAACACUCAUCGUGUUGAAAGGAAAUUUUUGUGUCAGAUGUGUGGAAACAGAUUUAGCAACUAUGGCAGUCUAAUGGCACACCUUGAUACUCACACUGAAACACGCAGAUUCUGUUGCAAUUAUUGUAGCAAAAAGUUUCGGCAGAAGGAGAAAUUGAAAUACCAUACAAGGAUACAUACAGGUGAACGACCACAUCUGUGUCAGACUUGUGGUAAAGGCUUUAUCCGCAAGUCAAAGUUGGAUGAACACAUGCGACGCCACCGUGGAGAAAAGCGUUACCAUUGUUCUGUUUGUGAUAAGUCAUAUGCUGCUGGCUGGGAUCUGAAGCUUCACAAUAAGAAGCAGCACCCAGACUCUGUUGCCUCCGUUACAACAUUAGCAGCUUCCCCACGUGUUUUGAAUGAAAAUGUGUCAGAAACCCAUUUAUCAUGCGAUAAAAAUGACAAUGAAGACCCUGAUGACCCACCACCAAUAGCAGAUCCAAAUGAGGCCAAUGAAACAGUGGCAGCAACACCAGAACACACCACAGCCACUGAAAAGUUAACAGAGCCGAUGAAUGUGGACUCCAUACAGACAGAUUCUCAAGCUGAUAGUGACAAGUCUAAAAUUCUGGUUCAGCUAAAUUCGAACCAACAACAAGACAGUAAAGUAGUUAUUAAAAGUGAAAAUGUAGAUAAAACAAACUCAAGUAUUUUAGUACAGUUGAACAGGAUGCAAAUGCAGAAUAUGCCAAUUACCCAGGAAAAUUCAAAUUCAAAGAUAUUAGUGCAGUUGGACCCAACACAAAUACAAAACCAACCUGUUAUUUUGAACAACAAUGCAAAUAGUUUUAAUUCAAAGAUAAUUGUGCAACUAGAUACUACCCAGCACCAACAGCCUCUUUCCCAGAAUAACAGUGUAAGAGACUCAAGCCCAAGUAGGAUUCUGUUGCAGAUAGAUCCAUCCCAGACACAGGGUGUCCAGACUGCACUUACCCAUAGUGGAAAUACCACCACAAACAGUUCACGAAUUUUGCUUCAGUUAGACCCUGGACAGAACCAGGCUCUCCCUCCCAAUACUGUAUUUACUGUAGCAGAUGCUAUUCACUUGGCCCCCUUGAUUGAUGAUGUGACAUCCCAGUACAUCCAACUCACAGCUGCUCAGCCAGAUAAUCCUGUCCCAUCAACCGAUGCAGUAACAAGCAGAAGUAACAAUGUUCCACUCCACAUUCAGCUGCCCAUGUCAGCUAUUCAGAUACCUGUGUCAGCUAUUUCCCAACAAGGAUCCACAUCAACGGGAUAUGAAUUUCAGUCUCUUUCUGUUCCGGGACAGCCAGGGCUGCUGUUCACAUCUAUGGGAUUUGAUGUUAGUAGUAUAACUUACUGAGUUGAGACUCAUGAGCAGUAUUGUGAAUGAAAGACUUCAAGGCUUUGAGUUAUUUAAUUUAUACCAUUUCAUAAAUGUCAAAUUCUAUACAGUUCUUUUAAUCUAAAGAUGUAUGUAAUAACAAGAUGUGCCCAAACACAGCCUGUGAAGCUCUGAUGUUACUCUUUGGAAUAUGUCAAUUUAUGUGUCCAUCACAUUCAAACACAGAAAUCUUUGACAGGCCUGCAAAAAGAAUUACAGAAUUUGUUUUGUAUAAUUUCCGUGAAUAUAAUAUCCAUGCAGUCUUAUUUAUGUCACUUUUCUACAUUUGCUAAUGUAGGGUUAAGUAAGAAAAGAUGUAAAUAAUUAAUCAUUACGCAUCAGUUGUAACAGUAUCUAAUUAUAUAAUACAAAAUAAUAGUGUAUUUUCAAUAUUCUGCUCCUAUCAAACACAUCUCUCCUUCUGAUGAUGUGGCAUGGGCCACAACGUUACAUUUUUUUUGUUUGACAAUGGAAUUUUAAGUCCCCUGGUACUUUUUAUCUGGUGGCUUCAUUUUGGUACUGGUAAUUUAGUAGUGUUAAACAAAUGCAACACAUGGCCAAUGCAUUAUUGCAGUACAAGUCUAUGAAAGUUAGGCGUAGAAGCAUAUUUUAUGUAGGCCUGCCCUCACUUGAUGGUGAUAACCAGAAAGGGUAAACUGAAUUUGCAAGGUAGUUUUUUUGUAGAACAAAUCUUCCACUCUUAAAUACUUCCAUUUCUUGAGGAACUUGAGAGCAGGAAAGAAAUGGAAGUAAUAUAUCUUUUAGUAUAAUUGUCUGAGUUGAUAGGUUUGAACUUGGUUUGAAAUUAAAGAUACUAUAUGUUCAUGUGUCUGGGUAUCUGUGAUAAAUAAUUACUGGGUUGCGGCUUUAGAUGAAGCUGUUUAUUGGAGAAUUACACCAGGCGGAGAUACAGACAAUUAUCACACGUGAUAAUUAUAUCACUUCAUAGCUGCGAACCAUGAUCACACUCUAAUGUUCCUUGUAACUAUGCCGCAUGAAGGCUUCUGUCAGUUCUCCUCUGGCUUCUCUAUCUGAUCUCCACCCUGGUCUGAUCUUAUCUUUCGCAAUUUACCCUCUUAAAGUAGAUCUUUGCGUACUGCCAAGAGAACACCUUGUCCAAGGGGUCUCUCUGUCUUCGACACAACAUUGGCUAGCGUAUCCAUUGCUGCAGGAGCUCAACAGGUUUGUCUCUGUUGCCUAGGCAAUUUCCUAGAUAGCGAUCUGCCUAUGUUUUCGUUGCAGCUGCAGCAUGUGUUCUUAUUUUAGGCGUUGUGUAGCAAAGGACAUUAUAUGUGGCUUUUUGGCACCAUCCCCCAAUUUGGAUAGGCCCCACUGACAGGCUUUUGAGGACACAGUAAUGACUAUAAAAGGCAGAGAAUGCUAUCAGCUUCUAAAAGAAUUUGCUUCAUUUAAUGGGCCAUGUUUUAUUUUACUUUUAAUUACAGCAGUUUCUUGACAAGUGAUUGAUUCCAGUGAGCAUAAUAAUAAUAACAACAACAAUGCACAGUAAAACAAUAAUUAGUGAUCUGGAGCUUGCUGAUAUGAAAUUGCCUUUCCUGUUGUGUCCGGAAUGCUUUGAAACUGUCAGUAAGUCAUCUUUCAUGAAAACAGCUAUGGGCUUGAGAUCAGAUAGUCAUGAAUAAAAUUACUGAGUAGGUUGUAUUACCAGGGUCUGAAUCCUGGUAAGAUCAGUCAUUUUCUUUACCUGCACAUCCAGGUCAGCUGCGUGGCCUGUCUUGUCUCCAUCGGAUACCAGAGAUCAUUCCUCAGGAGUGAAACAGCUGGAUUAUGAAACUGACUGCUCUCCUGCAGCUUAUAUGAAGGGGGACCCAAAAAUAACCGGAAACGACCUGUUGCAUGCGCA